AUGGCCGCCGCCGCCGCUGCCGCGCGUUGAGGCCCCGCCGCUCACCCGGGCCGGGAUGCCCCGGGGGGGGCCCGGGCCGCCGCCGGAGCCAUGGAGGAGGAGGGCAAGAAGGGCAAGAAGCCUGGCAUCGUGUCCCCGUUCAAGCGCGUGUUCCUGAAGGGGGAGAAGGGCCGGGACAAGAAGGCCCAGGAGAAGGUGACGGAGCGGCGCCCGCUGCACACCGUGCUGGUGGCACCGCCCGACCGCGUGGAGCCCGACCUGCUGCUCCACGACUACAUCGAGAAGGAGGUCAAGUAUUUAGGGCAGCUCACGUCCAUCCCGGGGUACCUGAACCCCUCGAGCCGCACGGAGAUCCUGCACUUGAUCGACAAUGCCAAGAGAGCCCACCAGCUCCCAGGGCAGCUGACCCCAGAGCAUGAUGCUGUCAUCAGCCUCUCUGCCUACAACAUCAAGCUGGUGUGGAGGGACGGGGAGGACCUGAUCCUCAGGGUGCCCAUCCACGACAUCGCCUCCGUCUCCUACAUCCGGGACGACUCCGCACACCUGGUGGUGCUCAAGACAGCUCAGGAUCCCGGGAUCUCGCCCAGCCAGAGCCUGUGUGCCGAGGGCUCCAAGGCGCUGACGUCGGGCUCGCUGUCGGAGAGCGCAGGGGGGCCCCUGGAGUGCUGCUGCCUGGUGGUGCUGGCCACGGAGAACAAGGUGGGUGCUGAGGAGCUGUGCUCCCUGCUCAGCCAAGUCUUCCAGAUCGUUUACACCGAGUCCACCAUCGACUUCCUGGACCGCGCCAUCUUCGACGGGGCCUCGACGCCGACCCGGCACCUGUCCCUGCACAGCGAUGACUCUUCCACCAAGGUGGACGUGAAGGAGCCCUUCGAGGCAGAUGCCAGCACUUUUUCCUUUGCAGACACGCUGGAAGCAGGGGACACGUCCCCGUCCUCCUUCUCCGCCCGCCCGUCCCCGCACGUCACCACGGCCAGCGAGAGCGAGCUCAGCACCACGGCCACCGAGCUGCUCCAGGACUACAUGAUGACGCUGCGCACCAAGCUGUCCUCGCAGGAGAUCCAGCAGUUUGCCAUGCUGCUGCACGAGUACCGCAACGGCGCCUCCAUCCACGAGUUCUGCAUCAACCUCAAGCAGCUCUACGGGGACAGCAGGAAAUUCCUGCUCCUGGGCCUGCGGCCCUUCAUCCCCGAGAAGGACAGCCAGCACUUCGAGAACUUCCUGGAGACCAUCGGCGUCAAGGACGGCCGCGGCAUCAUCACCGACAGCUUCGGCCGCUACCGCCGCUCGCUGGGCCCCGCCUCCGCCUCCAACGGCACCGCCGCCGGCAGCUCGGACGAGCAGUCCGUGCCCUCCGAGGAGGACGAGUGGGACAGGAUGAUCUCGCACAUCAGCAGCGACAUCGAGGCCCUGGGCUGCAGCCUGGACCGGGACUCGAACUGAGGCAGCCCGGGAGCUGGGGCACGGUCACCCCCGGGACAGAGACAGCCCCGAGGGGGGACAGGAGCUGCUCUCGGGGGGACCCGGCACACAGAGACACCCCCGGGGGGGACCUGGGACAGAGACACCCCCUGGCACACAGAGACAUCCCCAGGGGGCA